UGAUCCAGGACAUUCAGCGUCAUUGAACUUGCCAGGAUAUAUGGCCCAGACCAUUCCAGUUCAAGACCAGAGGUGGAUCUCCAACACCCUGUUCCACGCUGGCAGGCUCCAGACGGAUCUUCAGCUGUGGUACGAUCCCCCGGCGCCCUCCUCUUUGGCAUGUCACCAGGCACCACCCGUGCCAGACCAGUUCUUCACCCAUGGUCUGAUGGUAUGGAUGCCUCACCACAUCUGGAAGCUGAAGUUCAACUGUCCAAAGUGUAAGACACAGCUCAUUGGCUGUGGUGUCUACGAGAAAGCCCGGAAGGUUCUGGACAUUGACAGGUAUUACCUGCUGGUCACAGAGAUGCUCAGGUGCAGUGCGUGUUCUGUGGAUUACCUGUCCACCAGCCAGGCUGUGCGGGAUCAGCUGGAUUUGCCACACCAGAAGAUGUUCAGGGUAGUCAUGACAACCAAGUAUGCCUGUGACAUACGAGUCAUUCGGCUGCUGCGGGACAAGACUCUGGGCAGCAAUGGUCCGGCCAGACUGGCCAAGCAGCUGAGGGAGAGUCAUGGAGAAGAGCGGCUAACCAGGCUAGCACGCUACCUGGGGGAGUGCACUGACCAUGUGGAGCGACCAAGCCUCCUCCCACAGGCCUGCCUGGAGCCUCCAGAGGCCAGUGACGUCCCCACCAGCCAGUGGCUGCUGUCCGCCUAUGGCAGGGACAUCCUCAGCCGCCUGGACCACAUUAGGGCCAGCAUCACCUCCACUUUUGGAACCAUCUUGCAUGUCACUUCCACCAAAAAGAUCACCAAAAAGCUGUCUGGCUAUCGGGACACAUGGCUGACCUCCAUUGCCAACGAGGCUGGCCAGAUACUCAACAGUGUUGUGACCAGGAAGGAGGAUUCAACGCUGGACAAGAUGGCUGCUGGGUUAGUCCGUCGCUACCGCCAGGCUGUUGUUCCACCCCCUGUGGUCCUCUACGUGGACCGUGGCUGCUGCCCGUUGGACGAGGAAAAUAUUAUUGGCAUGCCGACCAUGCCAGGGUUUGCUGAUUGGCCAGAGCUCCAGUUACCAAGUGAUAGUUAA